CAACGUCUACCGAUAAUCUUCCAUCGACAAAUAUCUGUUCUUGAUAUAAUUGUUGGCAAAUCUCAAGCAUUAACAUCUCUUCAAUCACGUGGUGUUUAUUUAAUAUUAAAUGGUGUUACAAAUAUUCGUACAAUUGAAACGGAUGUACCAUUAAGAUCACAAGAUGUUCAUGAUCUUGUUAAUCGUACUGAUCCAAUUAUUCGUAAUAUUAAUUCACAUCCAUUAGAAACUCAACAAAAUAUAUCAACAUCAUCAAAACGACCUAUAUUUGAAGUUCAUGUAAUAGCACAUUGUCAGAAAAUGAUAUUUUUUAUAACAAUUAUUUCAACAUUAAAAGCUCAAUAUAAGAUAGCUGUUGCUAAUAUUAGUGGAAUGAAAUCACGUUAUACAAUUGUUAUACAUGAACAUGUUUUACAUUUUUUAAUUAAUAAUAAUCAUGAUCAUCAGCAAUCUCCAACAGUUAGUUCAGAUAAUCAUGUACGAAUUGAUUUUCCUGGAAUACGUUGUUAUGAAAAUUAUUCUAUUCAACAAGAACAAGAAAAUAAGACAAAAGAUCAUUUAAAUCUUCGUACAAAAAUUGGGCUAUGGGUCGACAAUUGUAUGAAAAUUAACAAUGGUGAAUGGCAUCUAUUGGAAGAAUUGAUUAACAAAAAAAGUGAAAAUGAAUCUCGUAUCAAUGAUACAAAUAUUGCUCAACCAGCUUUAUUCGCUAUUCAAGUUGGACUCGCUGCUUUACUUGUCUCAUGGAAUAUUUAUCCUUCAACAAUCGUGUCAUAUAGUGCUGGUGAUCAGGCAGCUGCUUUUGUUGCCGGUCGUCUCACUUUGCAAGGAGCUGUUCGUAUUGUUUAUCAUCGAUCACGUCUUUAA